UCACUCCCGCUCAACCCAAGUUGCUUCGCUUCACCUUUUCCACUUCUCAAAAAAAGAAAAAAAAAACCCUAAAAACAGUAACUCAAAAAUUCAGAUUUUCCCACAAAAUUGUCAGACCAAACCCCUCAAGUUCGAAACUUUUUCGACUCUUCAGUGCCACCUCAGCUCAUUGCUUUGCAUUAUUGGGUGGAGCUUAGAAUUAAUGGUGUUGAAGGUAUAAGGUAGAAUAUUCACUUCAUUUUGCUCUUUGAGCUUCUGGGUCUGUUUGGCUGCUGAGAAAAUGUGGGAAAAUUGAAGAAUUUGAAGAUUAGAAAGCUUCUGUGGGAUCUGAUAUGGGUUCAAGAUAGUGGAGUUUCUGUGUUAUGUUAUAUUGGUAGUGGCAUCUUUUCGGGGUACAUAUGGAGAGUCCAGAGAUUUUGGAGAGUAUAAGAGUUUCAGAUGCUAGUGUUUCUUCUUGUGGUGAUGAGUCAGUGCAGCUUAGCAAUAGUGUUAAAGGGAGUGAGAAUCUUGGUGAUGACCUCCUUGAGGAUUUGGAUUCCUACUUGGAAGAUAUCAAUGAUCGAUUGACCAUUUCAAGGAUGGUGAGUAAUUCUGUCAUCAAGGGCAUGGUGAAUGCUGUUGCUCAAGAGGCAAAUGAGAAAAUUGCUAUGAAGAACUUGGAGGUGGCUGGAUUGAAGGAAGCUUUGCAUUUUUGUCAUGUGGAUGCAGAUGAAACUGACCCAUUUAGGUCCCUGAUAAAUUUCCAUGAGGCAAAAAAUAAAAAAUGCAGGUCAGCCUCGAGCCUCUUGGCUGCUUUAGCCGAACAUGACAGGCUGAGGGAAUCUUUGGGAAACCUAAAAAGUUCAGCUAGAGAGCAGUUUAAGAAACUCCAGAAAGAAAUAAGUGGCAUAAGAGGAUCUAGUCCUAUGAGGAGGAUUAAUUCAAGUUCUGAGGUGGGAUUGUGUGGCAUUCUACAAGAGAAGGCAUCUGAAAAAUGGACGGAUGUGGAUAAGACAAUUGAUACUCUAAUGACUACCUUAGACACUGUGUAUGAGCAAGUGAACAAUAUUGUAUACUUAUCUAAGGCAUCAGUCUCUGAGUGGUUGCAGGACUGGGAGUUUCAAGGAGAAAUUGAAGCUAUGGUGAUCGAACAUUCUAUUCGAAGUCUUCGGGAAGAGUUUGAAGAGAGAUUGUGGAAUCAGAAUGCUCAUUUUUGUGGUAAUGGAAGUGUAUACUGGCCAGAAAAGACGAAAGAGAUUUCAAGGUUACGCCAAGAAUUAGAUGCCAUUUCUAAGAUGCUUUCCACAUCUGAAUUUGGGCAGUUAAUAUCUCAUGGUUCCUGUGAGAUUGGUGAGGAAUGGAAUAAUACAAAAGGGACUGAUCACUUUCACCGCAAGGUUUUGAGCAACCAUGUUUCACCUGCAACUUCAGUUUGGGAGGGAAACGGCAAGCAUGAGGAGUCUAAAACCAGUAUGCCGGAGAAUUUGGAAUCAUCUUCACUACUGAAGCACAUGUCAAAAGAAGAAUUGUUCAACCAUUUUAAGACUGAGAUGACAAAGAUGAGGAGAAACCAUGAGUCUCAAGUGCAAGAGAUGGCUGAACAAUAUAUCAGUCUAAAGGGGAAAUUCUUAAAAGAAAGGGGAUCUUCUUUGCCACUGAGAAAGGAUAAGGAAUUUGAUGCAAUGCGGAAAAAGAUCCCAGAGGUCAUCUUGAAAUUGGAUGAUAUUCUUGUGGAAAAUGAGAAGUUACCCGCAUUUAGUAACAAUGCUGAGAGUUUAGGAAGUUUGAAGGACAGAUUAGACACCCUUCUUUCAGAAAACCACCAGCUGAGGGACUCACUUACAGAUAGGAAAAAGGAAGUUAGAUACCUCUCGACACAACUUUCUGUUGCUGCAGAGAAAAUGUCACAACAUUCUUUGGCAGAGGCAAAAUUGUUGAAAAUUAUAGGGAAUCUUAAAUCUGCCAUAGAAGAUGCAAAAAUAGAAGCUUCCAUUAGUGAAGAUGUAAACAAAUGCAUUCUCAGCGAAGUGACUAAUCAGAUCAAAUGCGAUACUGAAGAGUCAAAUAUGGAGUCUACUCUUAUGCAACAGAUUUAUGAAGUUAUUUUAAGAGAAGCUGCCCAGAAUGCUGAGACUACUAGCAAGUAUGAAAUUGAAGAUUCAGACAUGGAGUUCAUUAUCAUGCAAGGGCUCUCUGCAAUCAUAUAUAGAGAAGUGAUGAAGGAUGCUGAGGCAAAACUCAAUAUCAUGAAUGUGAAAUAUGAUUGUGCAAAUGAAGCUCGAGUUUCCAUUGAAAUCAAGGUAGUGGAAAAAGAAAAGGCAUUGAGAUUAGAGUUUGACGAGAAAGAAAGAUUAAAGCAAGAGAUAAUCUUACUGGAAGCAUCACUUGAAGAAAAGGAGAGGUCUGCACUGGAAAUAGCAGAUGCAUUAGUGAAAGAAAAGGAGCAGUUCGAGCUAGCUUCUCAAGAGCUUAAUAAUUUGAGAGAACAUACAAAUCAGCAGCAGAAAUUGAUUUCUGAGAGCAGUCGCGAAGCAGAUAUAACAAAGGGUAAUUUGGUUGAGGCAUUGGAGCAAAUUGAUCUACAGAAGGUGGAAAUAUGUGAACUAAAACAGAAGCUUGAAAUAACAAGAAAGGAGUUAGGAGAAACUGAUGAACAAAGAAGGAUGCUUCUUGCUGUUGCCCGGGAGACGCAGAAUGCCUUAUCAUUGGUUGAAGCAAGAGAAAGGGAGCACAGUAAGCAGAUGGAAUCUAUCAUUGUUUUUAUGAAUGGAUUAUCAAAAGUGAUGGCUGAAUUUGAGGGCCGAGUAGAAAAGGAUAUCAAACGGAACAGUUUCAGAUUGGAACAUGCAAAUUCUCAAUUGACUCCCCUUAUCCAGAAAGCUAAUAUACUUAGAAGAACAAGUCUGCGAUACAAGCAGAGGCUUGAGAGGAGAUAUUCUGACCUACAAAAGGCUGAAACUGAAGUUGAUCUUUUGGGUGAUGAGGUGGAUGCUCUUCUAAGCCUUCUUGAAAAAAUAUACAUUGCACUUGAUCAUUAUUCACCGAUAUUGCAACAUUAUCCUGGUGUAAUUGAGAUCCUAAAGCUGGUUAGAAGAGAAUUAAGUGCAGAAUCUACCAAGCCAGUCUAAUAUGCUUUUUGACAAGAUAUAGGAGCACUUCUUUACUGGACAGACAGCAUCACAUCGUUCCGGCUGCUGCUUGCCCCAGUUUCCUCUGUAAAUUAGCCAACCCUAAUGAAGCAAUACCUUACAUGGGCCAAAACGUCUAAAGAAACGAUUCUUUUUUUGCAGUGGUUGUGUCAUAAAGGACAUAGCCCUUUUUGCGAUACCUAUGUUUUGUUGAUUCCAAUAGAAGAAAAUUUGAUGAAGAGAAUUAGGAGAGAAGUCGAACAGUUGGAGAAAGGUGGGCAGAUAAUUCAAGGAGUUUGGUGAUCGUAGCGCAUAAUUAUCACAUUUUUUUGUCAGGGAAACAGUAUGGCCCUACCCUACCCAGUGGACAGAGAAUUAGAAGUUUUUAUCUUUAUAUGAUAAUUCCCUAUUUCACGUCUUUUUUUUAUAAUAUUCCUUUUUAAAGAAUGAUCGAGUCCAUAGUGUAUAUUUUCUUCUUCCAAUGCAGUAAAUGAAAGAAAAUUAGUUGUCUUA